UAUUGGGAUUCAGGCCAGCGUAAUAUCGCUGUCUAUCUUUCAGUUUAAACAUUACGUGGUACACGAACUCUGCAGUCUAAAGAUCGAACAAUGGAGCUAUCACUGCCAAAAUAUACAAAAACACAUUUGCUUAAAUACUUUGUAAUAUCAAAAUACAUCAAUUUUAUUUUGUAGAAAACGACACUUCUUCACCCUUAAGAAGAACCGGGAGGAGUCGAAGAUUUCCGAAAAAAAAAAAAAAAAAAGUUUAUUAUCCAAUCACGUGACGGCGCGGCGGAAGUUUUGGGAUUUCUUUUCUCUUAAUGACCGUAUGUUAUUUUUGGAAAACAAACGUAAGAAAAUCAAAGUGCAGAGCAAGCAGUCGGUAGAGAAGCGCGUCUAACUAAGAGCCGACAGUAGGAAUAUCAAAAGAAAGUACCCGUUUUACCGAGGAUAAGUUCCACGGUAUCGGUGUCGAUUUAAGUAAACGCUAUACUGGUUCCUUAAACCCCUGGGCUGGAGAAACUAAUUUUGGAAACGGCCAUGAACUAGCACAGCUAUCCUAAAACCAGAGGAAGCUCCUUCUGUCCCCUCAGGUUGCGCCAUGUCUUCUGAGGAGUCCUCUCUCCCAGUCUCUGAAUGGCUCACAGUGCUGCGUCUGAGCCAGUACAUCAGCUCCUUUGAGAGGUUUGGCUAUGCGCUCGUCUCGGACUGCCGGGGGGUUACCAACGAGGAGCUUCACCGUGCAGGAGUGGUCCUCCCAGGUCACCAAAAGCGAAUCCUGACUAGCCUUGACAAAAUCUUUUCAGAAGAACCACAAAACCAGAAGCCAGUCCCCAAAAAGAGGAACAUAUUCUGCAGCCUAUCGCCCAGAAAUGACUCCCAGGAUGCUUUGCCGAUGGAUGGUGACACGAUGGAGGCUGGUAGCCCCAAAACUAAUGACUCUCUCAUCCAUGACAAGGUCCCCCCUCCCAUUCCACCCAGGGUGACACCCAAUCGGCCACCUAUCAAAUUCACUCCUGCUGUAGCCACUGGGCAUCUCCAAUGCCCCGAUACACUGCCCUUGGAGGCCACAACUUCAGAACAGCAACUCCUGAAGAAAUGCACGCCCUCCCCAGUUUCUGAGGAGUUUCAUCUUUAUGAGCAGUGUUCCCCGGACCAGACGAGCAAAGUUGUGCCACCGCUGCCAGCAAAACGUUAUAUCAUGGGUGCAAAAGAGACUCAGGCCCCACCACCACUGCCAAAGCGUCCACCAGUGGCGCCACCAAGAUCUGUGCUGUCCAGUGAUUUCCCUUCUCUAAGCAGUCUGUCUCUGGUUAAUGAUCCAGAGGAAGGUGAGAAGGCCCCGGUGGUUCCUCCAAGAACCAAACUGUCUCAUCAGCCAUUCAGCCAACCUGACCUACCCCACAGAAAAUCACCUAAACUCUCAAAGAUCAAAUCUUCUUCAACGGACAGCUCAGAGGGCUAUGAAUGUCCGGAUCAGAUUGACGACAAUCCGUUUGACGCCGUAGAGAUGUCGGAAAAGGAAGAUUUCCUGACUGUAGAAAAGGGGAAGCGAUUGAACAGCCUCUACAGCGAUGACGAGCAUCUGGAUGAAGAUAGCGAUAGCUACGAAGCCAUAUCAAAUAAUGGAAAGUCCUGGCAGGACUCUGAUCUGAGUAUGCUCCAGCAGAGACACUCUGCUCACUCGCUGGUCAGCCUGAGUAUAGGAGUGAAAGGAGAUCUCAGGGCAGUGCCUCAGCUCUCGCCUGUUAUUAAACAUGGCUGGCUGUGCAAGAAUCCUCCACAGGGCUCUUAUAUCUACCAGAAACGAUGGGUGAAGCUUGAUGCAGAGUACUUGAGAUAUUUUGACAGUGAUAAGGACAUGUAUUCAAAACGAAUCAUCCCAACGGCUUCUAUUACUAGCGUUGCUAAUGUGGGAGACCAGAAGUUUGAGGUGGUCACGAACAAUAGGACGUUUGUCUUCAGAGCUGAGAGUGACUCUGAUCGUAAUGAGUGGGUAAAGGUUCUGCAAGAGACCGUCCGAGACCAGAGUGUGGCAAACCGGGUGUCCAUGGCACAGCAGUCCAGCACAUGCAUCGAGGAGAAGCAAGGUGCCCUGGAACUGAGGGGCCUGCGCUCCAAACUCUACGUGGUGGUGUCAGGGGAUAAAGUCUUUCUCUAUAAGAAUAUCGAGGAUUACCAGCUAGGGAUCGGCAUUACCUCCAUAGAGAUGAACCUGGGAAAUGUGAAGGAUGCAGAUCGUAGGGCCUUCGACCUCACCACCCCCUACAGGACGUUCAGUUUUGUGGCAGAUUCAGAUAAGCAGAAGGAGGAGUGGCUGGAGGCCAUGCAGAACUCCAUCGGGGAGGCUCUGUCCAACUAUGAGGUGGCUGAGAAGAUCUGGAAAGAGGAGUCAAAUUGCUUCUGUGCAGACUGUGGGGCCGCGCAACCCGAAUGGGCUGCCAUCAACCUCUGUGUGGUGUUCUGUAAGCGCUGUGCAGGUGAGCACAGAGGUCUUGGGCCAAGCAUCUCAAAAGUACGGAGUCUGAAGAUGGACCGAAAAGUUUGGACUGAGGAGCUUGUUGAGUUGUUUCAGGUGCUGGGUAACCGGCGGAGCAAUGCAUUCUGGGCAGCGAACGUGCCUCCGAGUGAGGCGCUGUCACCAGCAAGCACCAGCGAAGAGAGGCGGAGAUUUAUCAGUGCCAAAUACCGAGAGGGGAAGUAUCGGCGUUAUCAUCCACUGUUUGGGAACCAGGAGGCGCUCGACAAGGUACGCAUGCUCCCCAAUAAAACACAAAAUCUGAUGAUAGAAUUGGUGUAAAAGUCCAGUACCGUUUGUUUUGAGUUAUUGCUGAGCUAUAAUUGAGCGGUUUAAUACAAAUGACAAGAAAAGCUGUUUAAUCUACUGAGGAAUUUUAAUCUUUUUGAUACCAUAUAUAGUAGAACGGUACUCCCUCUGUUGUGCCACCACAGAAUUGCAGCAUCACACUGUUUGAAAGGAAGACGGGUAAAGACAUUGGUUGAGUCGUAACUUAGCCACUGACUCGGAGUGUGACCUUGGAUAAGCAAUAUAUGUUUAUAAACCUAUAUGCUGUAUUGAGCCUUCUUUUUUUACACUUUCUCAUUAAUGUUACUGAAUAGUUGCAGGUCAAAGUUCUAAACACAUGGAACAUUACCUGACAUUAAAACAUUUGUAUAGAUUGCAGACUGUAGACUUUGUCACUUUAAAAAAAAAAAAAAAAAAAAAAAAAAAAAAAAAAAAUUGUUAGACUGCAACCAUUCCAUUUUAGAGUAGUCACAUGUUCUCUUUCAGGCCUUAAGCUUAAAUACAAACCUGGGAAAUACAGUAAGUGGAUGUUGAAGUUGGAGAUGCGUCCGCCUGUUUAAUAAAGAGGCUGCUUUAAAUA